AUGACCAUAUGCCGUCUGCCGGCACGCGCUUCCGCGUCAAUGAGUGUUCGGGGCUCGUGCCGUCAACUGCCGGUGCCGUCUGCUUAAGUGCCCAAUAAUAAUAACAAUAGUAAUAAUAAUACAUAGUGCCGUUGGUGCGGUCUGCGAUCGCAUUUCGCCCGCGAGUUUUUUUCACACAUAUUAAAUCGUUUAAGUUUAUAAUAUUAUAAUAUAUCCACGGCUGUAGAUUGAUCGUUCAUAAUAUUAUAAUAUGCACUAUACUGUCGCGUUUGUAUAAAUAUACUUACAUGAGUAAUAAAUAUAGAUCGCUGGCUUAGAUUGUAACAUACUACAUACGUACGGGUAGAACACCGCCAACGCCUUAUCAACGCAGGUGUACAGCAAUAGCGGUGAAUGGUGGCCGAAUGACCUGGCCCGCGACUAUGGACAUGGUUCAGUAUCGUCAUCAUCAGCACCAGCAGCACCAGCACCAGUCAUUCGACACGCACCAGGGGCAUCUGGCUGCGGGGGCGGUGGACUACGUACACGGUUGCGGCGGCCCGAAAAAUUCGAACGGAAACUGCGAAUCGCCAUCGCAACACGGCGCCUACUGGCAGUGGCAACACUCGUCGGACGGUUCGUCGUCCGAGGGGUUCAAUCACGGGCAGCGUGCGUUCUUCGACGACUCCGCGGACCGCGGCUACUGGGACGCGACUGCGAGCUGCGGAAGUCCGCCACCGGCAUCGACCCGACUACCGCGGCUGGAUGGCGAAUGCUCGUUCACCGGUCAUCUGCAGCUUCUGCAGCCACUUCCGUCCCAGCGCAGUGACCGAUGGAAUCGUUCCUAUUUCAGACGAUCAAAUGACUACAUACCAACAAAGUCUAACAGCAAAGAAUGUGUAUCGCCAACGAUUGCAAGAAAGAGACGUUUAGCAGCUAAUGCAAGGGAACGUCGACGCAUGAAUGGCUUGAAUGAAGCAUUUGAUAGACUCCGCGAGGCCAUACCAACUUCUAUAGAAGAUGAACAUAAAUUAUCAAAAUAUGAGACACUACAAAUGGCUCAAAGUUACAUAUCAGCAUUAUGUAACUUAUUGGAUCAGGCUCAUAAAUAAAAUAUAAUUAAUUAGUCAACUGUCAAUUUUUUUUACACAUAAAAUGUUUUCU